CACCACCCGAUACCCCUCCCUCCCGGCCUCCCCUCCCCGUCACCAUUCUGGUAGCUUUCUUUGCAGCAGCUUGUGGCCAUUUUGGACAAGUGCUUGGUCUAAUAGCUACCUGCUCGAAGAGAACGCGCUCUUCUCCGGCCUCUCCUUCCUGAGCUUGCACUUCCAACCAUCCUGCUUCACCAUUACCCCGAGCAACAUUCUACAAGAUGAGCUCGACGCCAUCUUUAACGACGACGUGCUAAAGCAUUGGGACGAGAUGGAGCAAGAUGACAGCAAGGUAGAGGGUGGCAACGGCGGCAGGGGUCGGGCAGGAGGUCGGCGGCGGGUGGGCGCGGGGCUUGGGCGCCGCGGCAAGGGCGGCGGCAGUGGGAGGCAUGGUGGCCGGCCACGCCCAGGCCUUCCUCCUCCUGGAUCUGCAGCGGCAGGAGCGAGCCAAGUGGAGACGCCGCGGCGGAGGUCCUCUGGCUCGUCGGCGCCGUUGGGGUCGGGGUUCAAGGUGGGGCCGUUCACGCGCUGCUUCCCGCGCUCGUCUGGAGGCGACGGCGGCGGGCGGGUGAGCGGCGGUGGCCGGGCGGGAGGGAGGCCGGCGGAGGGGGCCGAGCGAGAAGGAGCAAUUAAUGAGGGGAAAGGAACAGGGUGCCGUCCGCCGGGCAGGUGGCCGGUUUCCUUUCAAGCUACGGCCGCAGCAACCACCCCUGUCCCUGUGGCCUGGCCUGGCCGCAGGAAACGAACAGCAGUCGUCUCUUCUCGUCCUCACACCGAUGAUCCUCUCAUUGCAACGCAGGCACGCAACGCAAUCACCAAACGAGAAGCCUUGUGAUCUCGCAUUGUAUUUCCAGUCAGUAUGAAUGGUAUAAUGCAUGCCUGGCCCAGCCCUCUCCAACAACAAAUAAUAUACAGUAGUAGCCAAUUGCGAUAUUGUUAUUUGUGACGAAGACGUCUCAAGCAAAGCAAAGCAAGAUCUGAACAACUGCUGCCGUGAUCCGGACGAGUGUGGACUAUAUAUGCAGCACUUUUAGCAGAAAGCAGUAAGUAAGAAGCGUUUAAUUAAUGAAUUUGUUUGUUGCGCAUGAUGCUUGUUUCUUCAGUACUGUUGCAUUGCAGCUAUAUAUAAAGUUAUUUCAAGAUGGA